CCUCUCCCGGCACCGCCCCAUCCCACCCCAGCGGCGCGGCGAGUGGAGGGGAGUGCAGGGUAGCGGAGCGGCGGCGCUGCCGGGGGAGCGGCGAUGGCCGAUUACUGGAAAUCUCAGCCUAAAAAAUUCUGCGAUUACUGCAAGUGCUGGAUAGCAGACAACAGACCUAGCAUUGAGUUUCAUGAAAGAGGAAAGAAUCAUAAAGAAAAUGUGGCAAAAAGAAUUAGUGAGAUUAAAAAGAAAAGCUUGGAAAAGGCAAAAGAAGAAGAAAACAUGUCAAAAGAAUUUGCAGCAAUGGAGGAGGCUGCAAUGAAAGCAUAUCAAGAGGAUAUGAAAAGGCUUGGAAUUAAGCCAGAUGAUGUAGGUUCCAGUUCAACACAGAGUAAAAUGCAGAGCAACACAGUGGAAACUAAAGGAAAGAAAGAAAAGAAAGAGAAGAAAGAAAAGAAAGAAAAGAAAAAAAAGACAUCUCAGGAUGCCUCAAUGCCAGCAAAAAUUGAUACGAAGGAGUGGGUGCAAGGAUUAUCUCCUGAAGGCUAUACAUACUACUACAACACAAAAACUGGAGAAUCACAGUGGGAGAAACCUAAAGGAUUCCAAGGCAACUCUCAAAACUCACAAACGGGAGCAGAGUGGGUAGAAGGUGUCACUGAAGAUGGUCAUACCUAUUACUAUAACACACAGACUGGAGUAUCCACAUGGGAGAAACCGGAUGGUUUUGUUUCCUCUUCAAAUGAGAAGGGUCAGCAUGACAAGCCUGCUGAAACAGAGUCUGAAUCAGACUCAGAAGAUAGUGAGAAUGAAGCAGAGAGUCCAGAAACAAACUUCAAGAGGAAAGGAGAUAAUGGUGAAGAAUCAGAGGAAGGGAAAAAAUCUCCUAAAGCUAAAAAGUUAAGCCCUUAUGGGAAAUGGCGAGAAGUUAAGUCAGAAGAAACCGUGGAUAAAGAGGAGAGUACAUCAGCUUCCCAAGAAACCUCUAGUGAUGGAUCUAACAAGACCAACCCUUACGGAAAAUGGAAAGCACUUAAGGAAGUAGGGGAAGAACAAGAAGAAGAAGAAGCAGGUGAAAAAGUGGACCUGGAGCUUCCAAGUACAGAGAGUGACAAUGUGGCACCCCCAGUGCUAGAGGAUCCAGAAGAGGAAACAGUGAUAUUUAGGGAGAAGACAGUCACCUCCCUUGGAGACCUGACAGAAGGGGUGCCAACAUUUAAGAAGAGGAAAUUUGAAAAUGGAAAAUCUAGAAACUUAAGACAAAGACUAAGUGAUCAUAUUCCCAGAUACGCAAAUCUCUGUAUCACCGCUGUGCCGUGUUUCUGGUGUCCUCCACCUUCUCCCCUGCUCUGCUGAGAUUUCCAGAAAGCUUCGUGUUCUUCUGUAGCCACCCACCGUGUGUCCAGGUCCUGGCUCCCACGAGCGCUUCUGUUGCCUGUUUGCACUGUGCCCUGAAGAACCCUGUCUGUUUUCCAACAACAUACAGGCUAUUUCAAGACUUGACUACAUGUGCUCUUUUGAUUUCCGUGAUAAUUCCUUUUCCCAAGACUCAUUCCAUUCCUCGUACACGGCUUGCAGCCCUUAGAUCCUUCUGCUUGUUUGUACAAAAGCUGUCUGUAUACCUCCUGCUAUCAGCUGUGGCAACACUUGGGUUCUGUUUUGUCAGCCAGACCUCUUCAGUCUCUAUCUACCUCUUAAGUCCCCCAGCCUUCUACCUGGUAAAUUAUUUAACUUAGAGAUUGUGUUAACCAUUUGUGUGAUUAACAGGUUUAGCUUUGUGAAAUGUUUCAGGAUAGAACUUGAAUAAAAGUUUCUGUACAAAGCAAAAAGUGUUGCAAAUUAUAAUCUCAAAAAGGCUAAAUUUGCCCAAGAGGAUUCCCGGAGAGCCAGGUUUCAGAGAUUCCUAGAGAAUUUGGGGAAUUCCCAGGAUUCCCAAAAGCAUAUUUGAUUUUACCUGUAAAACCAGAAAUAGCCUAUGUUAAAAACCAGCAGACAGCGUUGUACAGACCACAGGCUGGAGACAGUGGAUUUUAAUGGCUUGCUUGGGGUGAUUGAAAAGUAUUUGUUUUAGUUUAUAAGUAAUAUCUGCAGAGUUGAACAGCUGGUUUCUCUUGAACUGCUUCUCAGUUGCAAUUACAAAAUAUUGCAAGCUCUUGAAGUGGAGUUUAUAUAAAAAUACUGAAUAAAGCUUUCAUUUGAACAA